CUUUAAUGUAUUAAUCGAUCAGGCCACUUUUCCUGUGGAUUUUGUGAUCGUCUUACACUUAUAAUACACGUUGCUCUACUGGUUCAUUAUAGUUACCAAUAUUUGGAAGUCAUUCACAUUGAUUCAUGAUCAACAUUUUCUCUUGUUCCGCGAGCGCUUUAUUUGCUAGACCUCGUCUAUCCAAAUAAUGGUUUUUCUCGACAACAACAUCGCUGUAAUGAGCAACCAAGUGUUGCCUCUUGGCCCUGGCCUUGUUUGUGAGCUGGAGCAAGCAGCAGGACAACGACCAGAUGGACGCACUAGCCGCCACCAGUUUCGCCCUAUUGGUCUGAAAGUUUUCGAUCUUGGGCAUGUCCUCUUGUCAUUGGGCAACACAAAAGUCCUGGCUUCCUGUCAUGGCGAAAUCGUUGCACCAGCAUCGGAAAAUGGCGCACGAGGAAAGAUAUCCUACAGCGUAGAAUUCGGAGGCAUAGCCGAUGCAGCUUUUCAGGACGCGGCAUUCUACAACACGAUUCCAAAUGCGGGAAGCGGAUCGACUAGUGGCAUGAUUCCACAGAAUAGUGGAGGAGUGUUAAACGGACCUACUAGCCGCGGGAACGGAUCAGCAUCCUCAUCAACCACAACUGGUGGAGGCCAUUAUGUUCCGCCUCAACAACAACAGACCCAGUCUCAACAACAUACUCAGCACAGGGGUCCCCGCGAAGCAGCUACCAUUGUGCAGCAGAGGAUUGAGAAGGUUUUGUCACAUGCGGUUGAUGAAGAGAGUUUGUGCAUCGUGGCCGGCAAGCAGUGCUGGCAUUUGAGCAUACAUGUUAGGGCCCUGAACAACGACGGAAACCUAGCGGAUUGUGCGGUUUUGGCUGCUUUGAUGAGUCUCAAGACGUAUAGGAAAAAAGUGGUCGAAGUCGUUCAUGAAGACUUGUCUGUACCGAGUAAGGAAGAGGAAGAUAAAAAUCGCCAAGGAGGAGCAGGGCCGCAAACAGCAGGAAUAAACAUGACAGGAGCUGCUUCUCGUACUGCCGAGAACAAGAAUGGUCUCCGUCUUUACAGUGCCGCUGAGCGUGAGCCAGCUGCUUUGAGCGUUCAUUUUCUACCGAUCCCAGUGACUUUUGGAUUCUUGCCCACUGGUGAUGCAAUCGCAGAUCCCUGUAGAGCCGAAGAACAGCUCGCUGACGGUGGAGCCACCCUAGCGGUGAAUCAAUUCGGGGAAAUCUGUCUCGCGGAUAUUGUAGGACCAGUACCUGGUGAAGAUCCUACGCAGACCCUGUUUGAAGAGCUGUUGCCAGUAGCUGCCGAACGAAGUAGAGAACUUCUAGGCUUAUUGGAACUAAGAAUCAAGGAGUUCGAAGAACACAGACAAAAAGUCAGAACUAAAAAGUGUUGAUGGUGGUCUUCCUCUAUGGAAGCCUUCUAAGUUGAUGAUCUACAUGAAGAUACAAGUGCAAUACAUUGUUUCGUCCCGCCUAGUUAUUUUCUACCUCCCAGAAGAUGGUAUUUUUACUAUUAAAAAGUAGACCUCCCAUGUUCUUGCACCAAG